GGCCCAUGGAGCCUGGGGCCACAGGCCACAGAGGACAAGGGCCAGGCACUCCGGCCAUGGCUCUGGGCCAUUGAUCCAGCCCCAGCUGGCCAGGUGGGGGCAGGGAGACCUUGGCCUGGAAAAACAGAGGCUGUGAGGUCUGUGUGCAGGCCUGGCACCCACUUGCCACUCCCAAAGGAUGCCCGUGGCCAUGGCCGAGGCCCCCCAGGAGGCUGGCGGGCAGGGCGACGGAGGCGAUGGCGAGGACGCGGAGCCCGAGGGGAUGUUCAAGGUCUCUCAAGACUCCAAGAGAAAAGUCCGGGACUACCUCCGCCUGGCGCCUCUGUGGCUGGCCCUGGUCGUGCUGGCUUCAGGGGGCUUCCUGCUCUGGUACUUCCUAGGGUACAAGGCAGAGGGGACUGUCAGCCAGGUGUACUCAGGCAGCCUCCGCGUGCUCAAUCGCCACUUCUCCCAGGACCUUGCCCACCGGGACUCCAGUGCCUUCCGCAGUGAAACCGCCAAAGCCCAGGAGAUGCUCAAGGCCCUCAUCGCCAGCACCAGCCUGGGUGCUUACUACAACUCCAGCUCCGUCUACUCCUUUGGGGACGGACCGCUCACCUGCUUCUUCUGGUUCAUCCUCCAAAUCCCCGAGCACCACCAGCCGAUGCUGAGCCCCGAGGUGGUGCGGGCGGUGCUGGUGGAGGAGCUGCUGUCCACGGCCAACGGCUCGGCCCCUGCUCCCUACAGGGCGGAGUAUGAGCCCGACCCCGAGGGCCUGGUGAUCCUGGAAACCAGCAUAAAAGACAUAGUUGCACUGAAUUCCACACUGGGCUGCUACCGCUACAGCUAUGUGGGCCGGGGCCAGGUCCUCCAGCUGAAGGGGCCCGACUACCUGGUCUCCAGCUGCCUGUGGCACCUGCAGGGCCCAGAGGAUCUGAUGCUCAAACUCCGGCUUGAGUGGACGCUGGCCGACUGCCGGGACCGCCUGGCCAUGUAUGAUGUGGCAGGGCCCCUGGAAAGAAGGCUCAUCACCUCGGUCUAUGGCUGCAGCCGCCAGGAGCCCGUGGUGGAGGUGCUGGCUUCGGGCGCUGUCAUGGCGGUGGUCUGGAAGAAGGGCCUACACAGCUACUACGACCCCUUUGUGCUCUCGGUGCAGCCCGUGGCCUUCCAGGCCUGCGAGGCCAACCUGACCCUGGAGGGCCAGCUGGAGACACAGGGCAUCCUCAGCACGCCGUACUUCCCCAGCUACUACGCACCCAGCACCCACUGCUCCUGGCACCUCAAGGUGCCCUCCCUAGACUAUGGCUUGGCCCUCUGGUUUGAUGCCUAUGCACUGCGGAGGCAAAAAUACGACCUGCCGUGUACCCAGGGCCAGUGGACGAUCCAGAACCGGAGGCUGUGUGGCCUGCGCACCCUGCAGCCCUAUGUCGAGAGGAUCCCCGUGGUGGCCAGCGCCGGCAUCACCAUCAACUUCACCUCCCAGAUCUCCCUCACGGGGCCCGGCGUGCAGGUGCACUACAGCCUGUACAACCAGUCGGACCCUUGCCCCGGGGAGUUCCUCUGCUCUGUGAAUGGACUCUGUGUGCCCGCCUGUGACGGGGUCAAGGACUGCCCCAAUGGCCUGGAUGAGCGAAAUUGCGUUUGCAGAGCCAUGUUCCAGUGCCAAGAGGACAGCACGUGUAUCUCACUGUCCAGGGUCUGUGAUGGGCAGCCUGACUGUGUCAACGCAAGUGAUGAGGAGCAGUGCCAGGAAGGGGUGCCCUGCGGGACCUUCACCUUCCAGUGUGAGGAUCGGAGCUGCGUGAAGAAGCCCAACCCGCGGUGUGACGGGCAGCUCGACUGCAGAGACGGCUCCGACGAGCAGCACUGCGACUGUGGCCUCCAGGGCCCCUCCGGCCGCAUUGUGGGCGGGGCCGUGUCCUCGGAGGGUGAGUGGCCCUGGCAGGCCAGCCUCCAGGUUCGGGGUCGACACAUCUGUGGGGGGGCCCUCAUCGCCGACCGCUGGGUGAUAACCGCUGCCCACUGCUUCCAGGAGGACAGGUCCUACCAGCAACGGUCUCCAGAAGGUGGAUGUGCAGCUGAUCCCGCAGGACCUGUGCAGCGAGGCCUAUCACUACCAGGUGACACCCCGCAUGCUGUGUGCCGGCUACCACAAGGGCAAGAAGGACGCCUGCCAGGGCGACUCGGGUGGCCCGCUGGUGUGCAGGGAGCCCAGUGGCCGCUGGUUCCUGGCCGGGCUGGUCAGCUGGGGCCUGGGCUGCGGCCGGCCCAACUACUUUGGCGUCUACACCCGCAUCACAGGUGUGAUUGGCUGGAUCCAGCAGGUGCUGACAUGAGGAGCUGCCCCCUGCAGAGCUGGGGCCUGCCUCCCGGACUCAGAGAGCCCAUGGCGCCCCCUGAGCUGGGAAACAAGUAUUCCGGGGGCGGCAGGGCCCUGUGGGAGCAGCCAGCGGCAUCCUGUCCUCAAGCCUGCCCCCCAACACCAACCCACAGAGGGCACGAGGAAGGAGGAGGGCCCUCAGCUGGUGGUCAAGACUUCCCUGGAGUGGCCGGGAUGGUCACCAGGCCUGGCUGGUGGGGUCACAUCCAGCCUGUCGCCUCCCGAUUCUCUCUUCCGGUCCCAUCCUCCCCUGCUGACUUUGGGGGAAUCAGCGAGGUUCAGCAGCGAGGAUGUGGCUUCCAGAUCCCAGUAGGAAUGUCUGAAGCCCCCACCCCCGCCCCGCCCCCAAUGCAGAGGCUGCUUGGGCAGCACCCGCUCCAGAGGGCGCGUUCCAGCCUUUGAAGCCCCUGGCCUCACUUGAGAGGCAGGGGUGGAAGGAGGGGUGGGGUGGAGGGGGCCCCCCAGGAGUGGCCCUCAGAGCCCUGGAGACAGCCAAGUGGGCCAGCUGCCCCUGUGAGCCAAAGGGAUGGGGAGCCCUGGGCCCAGGGUUCUCGCCACACCCCCACCUGCCCCUGGGCCUCCGUGGCCCAC